AAUCUCCCUUCCACAUUUUCCCUCUCCCUUUUCUUUCCUGUUUUUUUCCUGCUGUUUCUUAUUUGCGCGAUUCCGCGCAGCCCGCCAAGAUGGAUAUGAACCAUUUGAUAGGUCAGCGUUUCAACCUCAUCUCCAAGAGCGACAUUCGCUAUGUCGGUACUCUCCAUGAAAUCAACCCGGAGGCUUCCACAAUCGCCCUCGAGAAUGUCCAGUCAUUUGGCACAGAAGGGCGACGGGCCACCGGCGAUGAGAUCCCUCCUUCCUCAAGUAUCUAUGAAUACAUUGUGUUCCGAGGCAGUGAUGUGAAGGACAUCAGUGUCGCCGAGGAGGAGAAAAAGAAGAAGGAGACACAGCCUGAGCCCCUUCGGGUUCCCGAUGACCCCGCCAUCAUGAGUAACAUGUCGCGACCGGGUCCUGCCCCUGGACUUGAGCCGGGCUCUACACCUGGCCUCCCUCCUCAGGGUCCUCCUCAGCAGCCGCAGGGUGCUCAGCAGACGCCUCCCGGGUAUCCUCAACAACCACAAUUCCAGCAGGGCUUCUACCCGCCCUAUGGUGGACAGCGCUUUGGACCUCCUCCCCCCUUCCCUCCUGGUCCUGGUUUCCCCAACAUGCCCUAUGGUGCACCCCCCGGAUGGUACCCUCCUCCUGGUCACGGCUUCCCACCAGGACCUGGCCAAUUCCCUCCUCAGAUGCCCCUUGGUGCUUCUGGCCAACCCCCUCACCAGCGCCCUGGUCCUCCCGGUGCCGCUCCUGGUCUUAAGCCCACUUCGGAGCUUCCUGUCAGCGACAAGGUCCCGAGCAAGCCAGUUAGCCGAAAUGCUACCCCUGGCGCUCAGAACGCACCCACCCCGCCGGUCGAGUCCAAGCCGUCCGUUGCUGAAGCGGUGCAAGCCCCGACAGGCCCUAUGGCCGCAGUUCAGAGGAGCGGUCGGGUUGUGCCAGCUAUCCCGAUGGCCGCCCCAAGACCUGUUGUUCCCAUGAACAACGCCCCUGCCGCUGGUGCUCACGGAAAUGUCCCUGUCACCGACGCCACCUCUGCCGCGGCCGCGGCCGUUGCGGCUGCUAUGGCCAAGCUGCCGCAGCCUGGCGCUCAGAAGAAGCCUGGACAGCCCGAUGCGUCGGUUGAAGCCAUGACUCGGAAGAUGAAUGACAUGCGGCCUUACGAUAACACGCGUGGCCGCGGCGGUCACCAGCACCGCGGAGGACGCAGAGGAGCUCGCCCCCAGCACAAGAAGAUCGAGGUUCCCCAAUCGGACUACGACUUCGAGACUGCAAAUGCCAAGUUCAACAAGCAUGAUUUGGUCAAGGAAGCCAUUGCCACUGGUUCCCCUGCUGCUGAAGCGGAAGCUCACAGCCACGAUGGCGAGGAUGAAGCGGGCAGUGAAAUUGGAGCAGCUGGCUCAACCUCUAACCUCUACAACCGUGGCAGUUCGUUCUUCGACAAUAUCUCGAGUGAAGCCCGUGAUCGCGAGGAGAACGCGGCUACCCGCCUUGGCGGCCGCGAGUGGCGCGGCGAAGAGGAGAAGCGCAACAUUGAAACCUUCGGCCAAGGCAGCGUCGAUGGCAACCGCGGUCGGGGUCGCGGCCGCGGACGAGGCUAUGGUCGUGGCCGUGGAUACGGUCGCGGUCGCGGCUACGGAUAUGGUCCUGGCGGCCGUGGCGGUUCUCGUGGUGGCCGUGCUCCAUCCUCCCAGUCGACCGGUGUGCCCUCGCUGGGCUAA